CUCUCUCUCUCCCUCCUUUAAAACCAUAUCUUCUCCAUCCGCAUCUUCCCCCGCUCUCAUACCCAAUCCCUAAAACCCUAAAUCUAGGAUUCAGAAAUCCCCAAAAUCGAUUCAUCUCAUCUGAUUCCUCCCCAGUCCAAUCUCCAAUUCCAUAAACCAUCACAAUUAGGGCUUUGCUUUGCUGAUCAAAAUCCAAAUUUACAUGUUUUUGAGCCAGCGAUAAAGGUUAGGGCUUUUUGUUCUUCUUCUCAACUUUUACAUAUAUAUAUAUAUAUAUGGAUGACAUUGAAGACGAUGCUAGGUAUCCACCAAAACACUACUCCGUAAAUCAUCGCUUGACCUAUGACUCUUCAACUCGCUUGAAGCAUUCCAAUCGAAACCCCUCUUAUCCAAUCGAAAGUAAUUAUGGCGAUGACAACGGCGAGGACGAUGAGUAUGAAAAUGAUGAAUUAGGUGAAGAAGAUGAAGCCUUGAACAACGAAUUCGAUGAUCGUAAUGAUGCUGAUGAGGGUGACGAAGAGGAUGUGGAAAAUGGGUAUGAUGGGUCCGAAAGGUGUCAAAAGAAGCGGAGAGUGGAGAGUUUGGUUUCGAAUUACGAGUUUGCUCCUCGAAAAUCGUCGCAAGGUGUUCGAAAUUCACCGGUGGAUUGGACUGAACACGCGACAUUUGUGUUGCUAGAGGCUUGGGGAGAUAGGUUUUUGAAAUUGGGGAGGAAUAGUUUGAGGUCUGAGGAUUGGCAAGAGGUGGCUGAGAAGGUUUCGGAGGGGUUGAAGAUGGAUUGGACCGAUACACAGUGUAGAAGCCGAUUGGAUACAUUGAAGAAGAAGUAUAAGAAAGAGAAGGAGAAAGAGAAAAUGGAUGGAAUGGGAGGAUAUGCUAGCAAAUGGGAUUUCUUUAGGAAAAUGGAUAUGUUGUUGAAUUCAUCUAGGCAACAGUUUGGGUUACCUUGUGGGGUUGAUUCAGGGGAGUUUGUGUUUAUGAAUCCAAGAGUUUAUUUGAAUCGGUCAAAUGGGUUGGAUGAGAUGAGGGAUAGUCCGGAUGAGUCUGAGUCGUCUGAUGAUGACGAAGAUUCGGAUGGGCUUCCUUCGAAAAGGAAAGGGUUUGGAGGGGAAGAUCAUGAUGGAUCAUCAUUUAGGUUGUUGGCUGAUUCGGUUCAGAAGUUUGGGGAGAUUUAUGAGAAGAUUGAGACUAGUAAGAGGGAGCAAAUGAUGGAGUUGGAGAAGAUGAGGAUGGAUUUUCAGAGAGAGUUGGAGGUACAGAAGAAGCAGAUUCUUGAGAGGGCACAGGCGGCGAUUGCUAAAAUACAGGAAGGGGAUGAUGAUGAAACAGAUGGUUCUGCAGAGAAUCUUAGUGAGUAAAGAAGGUGAGAAUUUUUAGCAGGAAGAUGACAUUGGAACUUGCUGCAAUACUUAAGAGACUUCUGCUCUCAGCUUGGUGGAGGCAGGAGUAGAUAGCAGUGAAAAUUCUUGGGGAAAAUAUCAGGUUUUAUUGAAUGUGCUAGGCAUGUAGAUUUUUUCCAAAUCACCCAAUGUUGUUAUUGUAAUAUUUUGUUAUUUGAAGUCAAUGGUUUGUAACUUUUUGGCUUAUGAAUUCAUCUUCAUCUGAGUUUUUCUUAAUCUUGGCCCCAUGUUAAUGAAUUUUCUGACCCUCUUAACAUAAUUUUAUCAGCAUACUUAAGUUUCUAUUAUCAUCUCA